UCACAUCAGGUUAUCCUCGACGGAUUGACGUAUCCGUGAGUGCUCGAGGGAAACGGUCACUGUUUUCUCGUGUGGCAUUUAAAUUAUCGUGUUUUUGGGCAAAUUAUCGAAAAAGGAAAUCAAGCGGAGCCUGCAAACAUGAAGAUUUGGACGUCCGAGCACACGUUCAAUCAUCCUUGGGAAACCGUUGCCCAAGCUGCCCUACGUAAAUAUCCAAAUCCCAUGAACACCAACGUGCGGGGAACCGAUGUAAUCGACAGAAAAGUAGUCGAAGGUGUUCUCCACACGCACAGACUCGUGACCAGUGAUUUUGGUUUUCCCAAAUGGGCGCAAGCGAUAAUUGGUAACGACAAGGAGUGCUUUGCCAGUGAACGGAGCGAGGUUGAUCCCUCUAGAAGAGAAAUGGUCCUCAGAACAAGAAACCUCAGUUUCUGCAACUACAUCGCAGUCGAUGAGACUCUCAGGUACAUGCCUGACCCUCACGAUAAUCACAAGACUCUCCUCAGGCAGGAAGCCGUCGUGAUGGUCCGUGGCGUCCCGCUCACUCAUUACAUGGAAGAUUUGCUAACAUCUAAAAUAUCAUUGAACGCUGGCAAGGGUAGACAAGCUAUGGAGUGGGUGAUCGACAAAAUGGGUUCGGAGGUUAAGGACCUCGCGAAUUCAGCGGUCAAAUCGACGGACGAAUUACUGACCCAAACUCGCCGACAAUUCGACGACAUAACAACGAAAACGAGGCGGGGUAUGGACGACCUUCAGAACGCGGCUAAAAAAUCCUUCGACGAAAUUCACACACUCACGACACCACCAUCCUCUCAAUCAAUGCCAAAAUUAUAGCUAAGGUUUCGCACUAGCUUUAAUCUCUUUAAUUAAUCCGCCGCUCAUUGCCGCCCAAUUAGUUGAACGUUUAAUCAGUGAAACGCUACGAGAUAAACCUCCAACGUUUCGAGUAAAUAGGAAAAUGAGCCAAUCAUCCUGAUUAUUAAAUUUCUUAAUUAUUUCGUUCGCCACUUUGAUCAUAAAUAUUCGAUGCAGUGCCGAAAAUUGGCUAGAACAAAAUUUUUCGUCGAAUCAAAAUUAGUAGAAGGAGAAAAAAUUCUUAUUUCUGGAAUUGAAAAUUUUUGCUAAAUUUCACCGAAGUAUUUACGCGUCCAUCAAUCAGGCGGAAAUGAGCGGCGUCUAGGAAGCGAUGGUAGAAACUACGAGACACAGAAAGCAUCAUCUAAAAAGUUUACGAAUUCAAUGAUAAAGCAUAAAUUGAGAAAAAAAGUUGUUAAAAUAACCAACAUUCUUUGUCUCUGCGUGUCUCAAAAGUUUCGUCACUAUCGAGAGAUUAAUAAUUGCUAGGAAUUAUUGAAAAUAUAGUGAAAAAAGACAUUGAAAAAUUGAAGAUCGACAAGUUUCGUGAAAAUAGUUAGAAAUCAAUUUAUCGUCGCUUUGCAAGUGCACAGAAAGCUUUUUAGGAUGGAAAAUCAUAGGACUAGAAAUAUUUCCACAGGCUACAUUUUGUUUUCCCUAAUUAAAAGCUUUGCCGUUAGUGUUCCCAAAAAAAUUGUCAAAUUCUUUGUAAAAACGGUCUUCUAUUUUGUUUUUCUCAAUUUUUUACGAUCUCGAAACCUUUCUUGUCAUAAAAAAUAGACCAUUGUUAAUCGCCUGAUACGUAGAAUGUGAACUGUCGAUUGUUCGAAGUACCUCACGUGUAAAAAGAACGAAAAAAAAGAAUCUCGCCAGAAUUCAUGGCGAAGUUCGUUCAUCACAAUUCUCGUUUUGAGGAAAAAACCAAGUUUUCGGUCAUCACCCGACCCAUAAAAUGUAUAGUAUUUUAUGAAGAUCAGCCAAAAGCUUUGACAAAUGAAUUUUAGAAUAUAAAACCAUGUAGAAGAAGAAACUUUCGAAGAGCAGCGACUGCGAAAUAAAUCGUGCAGCACCAGGAAUACAGUUUUUUAUUUUAAAAAAAUUUAUUGACUCCCCGAUUUCUCGGAGCGAUAAAAUUGAAACCAAAAAACAUCCUGAGGCUUGAGCUCCCAGGGACGUCGAUGGAUUAUUGUGAAUAUUGAUAAAUAAAGUACGAAGCACCUCGAAUAUUCGAAGAGUAUAAAUUUGUAUAUGUAUAUUUGAAUUGUGUACGAAAAAUUCCCAUUUGAUUAAUAAAUAUUAUAAUUUAUUGAAGAUA